CUGGUGUAGAUAUUUUUUUAGUAUAAGAGCAAUUUUAAUAUCAAUAUCACUAAUAAUUUUACGUUGAUGCUUGAGAUUGACAGAUGUGGAACAUGGAUUCUCCUACUCCUGUCGCCUCAUUCAAGUGCCAUCCAGGAUAUGCUCAUGGUCUUGAUUAUUUCUGCCCGGGCGGGGCUUUGCCGUAUUUGGUUACACACACUAAGUAUGAGGGGAGUGCACAGAUCUGGGAUUUGCAAUCAAAUACAUGUAUUAAACAUAUCAACGGACUACAAGAUGAGAGGUGCAGUGUUGCUGUGGUUGAAGGUCCCUCGGGUCGUCCGAUUCUACUUACAGUGUCAGAGGACAACACUGUUGCUUUUUGUGACUCAGUUACUCACAGGUAUGAGAACAGGGUUAACUUUAAUUUGGGAGAUGUCCGGGACUUCGCAUACAUUACCAUGACAAAAG